AUGAAUUUCCUCGAAUUGACAAACCGAUCGAUGUUUUGCAACGGGCCUCAUGGCAACAAAUAUCAUCUCCCUGCCUUGGCAAUAUUUUCUACGGUCAUGUAUGGUUUUCUUUCUGUAGCGACUACUCUGGCAAACAUUUUGAUCCUGGUCGCACUUCGCAGAGAAAACAGUCUUAAUCCUCCAUCCAAACUGUUGCUUUUUAAUCUCACAAUCACUGACCUUUGCGCUGGCUUUAUUUCACAAUCAGUAAUGAUUGCUAUGACUCAGACAGGAAUAAGCAAAAGCACCUUUGAAGAAUGUCGACUGCUGGAAUACGUAGCAUUUCUGUUAAGUACAAUUUUCUCCGGUGUAUCUUUGUCGACGAUAACCGCCAUUUCUGUGGAUCGACUCAUGGCUCUCUUGUUAGGAAUACGAUAUAGACAAGUUGUCACCAUAAAGCGAGUUCGUAUUGUCGUCUUUUUACUGUGGGUCCAAAGCCCUUUGGUGGGAGCCGCUUGGUUCUGGAGCAUAAGGGCAUACGGAAUUGCGAGCGGUGUAAUGAUCAUGUUGAAGAUAACAAUCUCGACUUACUCUUACACAAGAAUCUUUCACUAUUUUCGAUGUCGGCGAAUAGCCGUGCAAGAUCAUGGGUGCCCAGGAGCAGGUGCCAAGCUGACGAUGGCGCGGUACAAAAAGACAGUCAUCAAUUCGCUGUGGGUUCACUUAACGCUAAUGUCAUGCUAUCUUCCUUUUACAUUACUUUCAGUCAUAGCGCUUAUUCGUGGAUUAAACUUAACACUAUUUGUGGCACACGUCAUCGCGGUUGUUUUAGUCAACCUUAAUUCCUUGCUAAAUCCCAUUCUUUACUGUUGGAAGAUCAAAGAAAUUCAAAGAGCCGUCAAGGAAACGUUAGGACAGUUUUGCACUUGUUUUGUCGCUUGA